UGAACUGGAAGUGUUCAGCACUGCCUGGGAGACCAGGCGGUAAACAGUGAACAGAAAUCGCUGGUGGUCUCAGGAGAAACCCACCUUGGUGAUCAUGUUUGCGGUACACCUGGUGGCGUUUUACUUCACCAAGCUGAAGGAGGACCAGAUCAAGAAGGUGGACAGGUUCCUAUACCAUAUGCGGCUCUCAGAUGAGACCCUUCUGGAUAUCACAGCACGGUUCCAGGCCGAGAUGGAGAAGGGGCUGGGGAAGGACACCAACCCCACAGCCUCUGUGAAGAUGCUGCCCACCUUCGUCAGGGCCAUUCCGGAUGGCUCAGAAAAUGGGGAGUUCCUUUCUCUGGAUCUUGGAGGGUCCAAGUUUCGGGUCUUGAAGGUGCAAGUCUCUGAAGAGGGGAAGCGACACGUCCAGAUGGAGAGUCAGUUCUACCCCACGCCCAAUGAAAUCAUCCGGGGAAACGGCACGGAGCUGUUUGAAUAUGUAGCUGACUGCCUGGCCGAUUUCAUGAAGACCAAAGGGCUGCAGCAGAAGAAAUUACCCCUUGGCUUUACCUUUUCUUUUCCCUGCAGACAGACCAAGUUGGAGGAGGGCGUCCUGCUGUCAUGGACCAAGAAAUUCAAGGCACGGGGAGUUCAGGACACAGACGUCGUGUGCCGUCUGACCAAAGCCAUGAGAAAACACAAGGACCUGGAUGUGGAUGUUCUGGCCUUGGUCAAUGAUACCGUGGGGACCAUGAUGACAUGUGCCUAUGACGAUCCGUACUGUGAAGUUGGCGUUAUCAUUGGAACGGGCACCAACGCUUGCUACAUGGAGGACAUGAGCAACAUUGACCUCGUGGAAGGCGACGAGGGGAGGAUGUGCAUCAACACGGAGUGGGGGGCCUUCGGGGACGACGGGGCCUUGGAGGACAUCCGCACAGAGUUUGACAGGGAGCUGGACCUCGGCUCGCUCAACCCGGGGAAGCAGCUGUUCGAGAAGAUGAUCAGCGGCCUGUACCUGGGGGAGCUCGUUAGGCUUAUCUUGCUGAAGAUGGCCAAGGCUGGCCUCCUGUUUGGUGGUGCGAAAUCCUCUGCUCUCCUCACAAAGGGCAAGAUUGAAACGCAACAUGUGGCCGCCAUGGAGAAGUAUAAAGAGGGCCUUGCCAACACGAGAGAGAUCCUGGUGGACCUGGGCCUGGAGCCAUCUGAGGCUGACUGCAUUGCUGUCCAGCAUGUCUGCACCAUUGUCUCCUUCCGUUCGGCCAAUCUCUGUGCAGCAGCCCUGGCGGCCAUCCUGACACGCCUCCGAGAGAACAAGAAGCUGGCUCGGCUCCGGACCACAGUGGGCAUGGACGGCACACUCUACAAGAUCCACCCUCAGUACCCCAAACGCCUCCACAAGGUAGUGAGGAAACUGGUCCCAAACUGUGACGUCCGCUUUCUACUAUCAGAGAGUGGUAGCACCAAGGGAGCCGCCAUGGUGACCGCAGUGGCCUCCCGCGUGCAGGCCCAGCGGAAGCAGAUUGAUGAGGUGUUGGCUUUCUUUCGACUGACCCGAGAGCAGCUGGUGGGGGUGCAGGACAAGAUGAGUGCUGAGCUCGAGUAUGGGCUGAAGAGGACGACCCAUGCGCUGGCUACAGUCAAGAUGCUGCCCACCUAUGUCUGUGGCAUGCCGGAUGGCACAGAGAAAGGCAAGUACCUUGCUCUGGAUUUGGGGGGAACUAACUUUCGGGUCCUCCUGGUGAAGAUCAGAAGUGGACGGAGGUCAGUGCGAAUGUACAACAAGAUCUUUGCCAUCCCUCUGGAGAUCAUGCAGGGCACUGGUGAGGAGCUGUUUGACCACAUUGUGCAGUGCAUUGCUGACUUCCUGGACUACAUGGGCCUCAAGGGGGCCCAGCUGCCUUUGGGCUUCACGUUCUCCUUUCCCUGCAGGCAGGCGAACAUCGACAAGGGUACUCUCAUAGAGUGGACCAAAGGCUUUAAGGCCACCGACUGUGAAGGGGAGGAUGUGGUGGACAUGCUCAGGGAAGCCAUCAAGAGAAGAAAUGAGUUUGACCUGGACAUAGUUGCAGUUGUGAAUGACACAGUGGGGACCAUGAUGACCUGUGCCUAUGAAGAUCCUAACUGUGAGAUUGGCCUGAUUGCGGGGACAGGAAGCAACAUGUGCUACAUGGAGGAGAUGAGGAACAUCGAGUUGGUGGACGGAGACGAAGGGAAAAUGUGCAUCAACACCGAGUGGGGAGGCUUCGGAGAUAACGGCUGCAUAGACGACAUCCGGACGCAGUACGACGUGGAGGUGGAUGAGGGUUCCUUGAAUCCUGGCAAACAGCGAUAUGAGAAGAUGACCAGUGGCAUGUACCUGGGGGAGAUUGUGCGGCAGAUCCUGAUCGACCUGACCAAGCAAGGUCUCCUCUUCCGUGGGCAGAUUUCAGAGCGCCUCAGGACCAGGGGCAUCUUUGAGACCAAGUUCCUAUCCCAGAUUGAAAGUGACCGGCUGGCCCUCCUCCAGGUCAGGAAGAUCCUGCAGCAGCUGGGCCUGGACAGCACAUGUGAGGACAGCAUCGUGGUGAAGGAGGUGUGCGGAGCCGUGUCCCGGCGGGCUGCCCAGCUCUGCGGUGCUGGCUUGGCUGCUGUCAUGGAAAAAAGGAGACAAGACCAGGGGCUUGAGCACCUGAAGAUUACCGUGGGUGUGGAUGGCACCUUGUACAAGCUGCACCCUCACUUUUCCCGAGUCCUGCAGGAAACGGUGAAAGAAUUGGCCCCCCAGUGUGACGCGAUGUUCAUGCUGUCGGAAGAUGGCAGCGGGAAGGGAGCAGCUCUGAUCACUGCGGUGGCCAAGAGGAUGCAGCAGGCACGGAGGGAGCACUAGGGGUCCCCGAGGUCGGCCUGAUGCGCCUCGGAUCCCGCCAGGCCCCUCCUCUGGCAUAGGAGGGGGCUGGGUCCACAUGGGGCCCACUUGGCUGCCUCGGCCUCCAGAGCUGGAAGAAAACCUCGCGUCCUGGGACUCGCUAAGCGUUACUUGUUACUGGUUUGCACUGACUUUAACUUUACAAGACAACUCCACUUGGCAUAUUGGGGCCAAGGUUAGGCCAACUUGGUGAAAUCAGAGGAUCUGGCCUGGGAGGUCCCCUUUCAGCAGAAUUUCAACUGAGGCCUGAGGGGCUAGGUCUCUGUGGCUUUGGGGUCCUGUGACUGUGGGACUUGGAGGUGUAAAUAGACCCUGCCCCUGGGGCCUGGCUGGCUGGUCUCCUCCUUGGGAUACUUGAGCCAUCUGAAGCAGCAGGUUGGGCCCUUUGCCUGUAGGCAAACACCUGACAAGGAGAGAGGCUCCUGUAAUGAGCUAGGGCCCUAAUCUAACUUGUCCUUAACUUGUCGUGUUGGCUUCAAGUGUGAGGCAAGAAUAAAGCCUUGGAGUGCUCAGCUCUGGGGGCAGAGGGCUGAUGGCUGGGAGUCCCGUAGGAAUCUUUCUUACUUCUGGGGAACUGCACGAGCACCCUGGGGGAUUUUGUUGCUUAUUUUGCAUGUGUCAGGGCACACUUGAUGCAUGUGGUUUUUAUCUUGGGAGUGAUAGGACUUGUGUUGUGCUGUCAGUGU